AUUUAACAUCAGGCAAUAGUGGAGGCAGCGCAGGCCACAUCAAUGAUUGACCUAACGUAAAUUAGUUUCUUCGGCCGUUUCUUUGCGCGUUUUAUUGCCAACUGGCCACUCUGCUUGUGGGUAAGACAACAGGAUGGCCAAACGGCCAGGAGCCGACGAGGCUAUGUUAAUUUCACCAACGCUUCUUCAAGACUUCACCAAUGAAGCAAACGCCGGAGACGUUCAUAUGGAUUGCAUGGACGGAGGGGGAGACGAAUUGUCUCUGGACGAGAUUUUAAUACUUUAUAGCCAACCUAUAAAUGAAGAACAAGCAUGGGCAGUGUGUUAUCAGUGCUGUAGGUGUCUGGCGCAAAAACACCGGCGAAGAAAUUCAAAAUCAGCUGAAGCGCCCAGUGGAGACUAUGGUAGAAGGCUUGACGGCCCCGGGGAUGUUAGGAUUCUAAAAGAUGGGACCAUAAAAUUACAACAUCAAAACAAUCAAGAUACAAUCCGGCCAGCCAGCACAUCAAUUGAGAUCAUCGAGUCCCUGGGCAUCAUGAUUUACAAGGCCCUGGACUACGGCCUGAAGGAGAACGAGGAGCGCGAGCUGAGCCCACCUCUUGAGCGCCUUAUCGAUCUCAUGACUAACAUGGCCGAGAACGAGGCAGAGAAAGACCCCUGCCCCGACGAGGGCUACGAGGCCACGGAGGAGGAGGAUGAGGGCGAGGAAGAUCCGGCCGGAGUCUGCAACAUCCAAGGCUACCGUGACGUUUUGGAGCUGUGCACAUCCCACCUGCCCAGUCCCUCCGAUGCCCCCAACCACUACCAGGCCGUGUGCCGCGCUCUCUACGCAGAGACCAGGGAGCUGCGCACCUUUCUGGAGAAGAUCAAGAGUGCCAAGGAGAACCUGCGGAAGAUGGAGGGAGAUGCCCCUGACGAGCCAGCCAGAGACCUGAAUGAGCUGCAGAAUGCUGACUGGGCUCGUUUCUGGGUCCAGGUGAUGCGAGACUUGCGUCACGGGGUGAAGCUGAAAAAGGUUCAGGAGCGCCAGUACAACCCGCUGGCCAUUGAGUUCCAGCUCACACCCUACGAGAUGCUCAUGGACGACAUCCGCUCCAAACGCUACAAACUGCGGAAAGUUAUGGUGAAUGGAGACAUUCCGCCCAGGUUAAAGAAGAGUGCCCAUGAGGUCAUUCUGGAGUUCAUCCGAUCUCGCCCACCCCUUAACCCGGCCGCUGCACGCAAGCUCAAGCCCCACCCCCAGCGUCCCCGCAGUCUCCAUGAGCGCAUCUUGGAGGAGAUCAAAUCUGAGCGGAAGCUGAGGCCUGUGUCUCCUGACAUGAUGCGCCGCAGCAGGCUGGUAAUGCGGCCUCUUAGCAUGUCAUUCAGUUUUGACUCUUCAGGAGCUGGCAAAAGCAUCAGCACUCCGCAAGAUUUGUUCCGAAGCUCAGGUGAGACCCCAGAUGCCCCGCGGAAGAUGGCCAUCAGCACGCUCGCUCUGUCCAACGGGACGCCGCCGGCUCACAGCCCGGUGAAUGGAAUGGGUGGGUCCCAGCCGCUGGGCCAGAGGAAGAGACUGCUGAAGGCCCCCACACUAGCCGAACUGGACAGCUCCGAGUCUGAUGAGGAGCCCAGCCGCAUGUCUGCCAGCAGCUCCAGUAUGUCCACCUCCAUGGUAGAGGACACAUCACCGGAGUCCAUCACUGACAAGAAAACUCCCCCCAGGUUCCUGCCCAUCUCGUCCACCCCCCAGCCAGACAGACGACCCGCACCCCCCCAGAGAAGACACUCCAUCGAGAAGGAGACUCCCACCAGCGUUCGCCCAUUUGUGCCUCCCUCCCGACAGAGCUCCAAGUCCUUGCUGUCUUCGGAUGAACCCAAGGGGGAGGUACCCAGCGGUUCUCGAGCGGAGGAGUUCUGCUAUCCUGUGGAGUGCCUGGCCUUGACUGUGGAAGAGGUGAUGCAUAUCAGGCAGGUUCUGGUGAAGGCCGAGCUGGAGAAGUUCCAACAGUACAAAGACGUCUACACUGCCCUAAAGAAGGGAAAGCUCUGCUUCUCCUGUCGCACCAAGAAGUUCUCCCUCUUCACCUGGUCCUACAGCUGUCAGUUCUGCAAGAGGCCUGUGUGUUCUCAGUGUUGUAAGAAGAUGAGGCUUCCAUCCAAGCCCUAUGCCACCCUGCCCAUUUACUCGCUGGGCUCCCCUGCCCUACCCAAGGAGGAGGCAGCAGCCCCGGCCCAGCCAGAGAGGCCCUCGUCCAGCCACGGGCAUCGACGCAGCUUACGCAGGUUGUCUAAGCGUGGGGAGCAGUCGACCUCAAAAGACGAGAUGGAGCUACCCAAGGAGCUGACAGAGGACUGGAGCACGAUGGAUGUGUGCAUCGACUGCAAGAAGUUCAUCCACGACAUCAUUUCCUCCAGCAAGCGCAGCCUGUCUUUGGCCACCAGGCGUGCCCGUCUCAAGCGCAAGACACAGUCCUUCUACCUGGCCUCCCCCAAGGGAGCCGACUUCCACCCCACAGAGAGGACUAUCAACGAGGUUUGAGGGAGAGAACUCCUCCCCGGCUUCGCCUCGCUUCUCUCUCACACACACACACACACACACACACACACACACACACACACACACACCUACACUACACUAUAAACAUUGGUGGCCAUUUUAGACUAAUCACAGUAUGUAUUAUUGCGGGGCUGGUUCUGUCCUCGAUUGAUUAGUCGUGUCUGUCUGCUCUCCUGCUUAUUGUCACCCAUGGCGACGCCUCCGUGCGAGUUCCUGUUGGUAUUCAAAAUGGUUAUGGAACGUGUCUUGUUGGAGGGGACGGAGGUGUGCUCAGGCGAAGAAAGCUUUUAAUGGCAUGAACAAGGACUGGAAUGGUCAACCAGGUUGAGGGAGAAUGACCACAUCUGUUACGUUUGUAAAUAGUUACAUUACCACGUCCCCCAACCAACCCACUGCCUACCCCUUACCCCCCUGCGUCUCUCUCUCUCUCUCAUCAGAUCAAAGUGCCCGGGCUGACCAAAUGGACCAGCCCGUAUUUUAAUGAGAUGUCUCACCUUAAGCAUGGGUCCUCAGAACCCACGUCCCUUCUCACACCCCCCCCCCCCCCCCCCCCCUUUGUCUCAGGUAACCUUUGGUUUGGUCAGAAGCCAAAGUCGUGGACUACAGUAGCUCUUCCCAAAUGUCCCCGACGCCAGCCCAUACCAGCACACCCCACAUUCAGGAUGUGCAUGACUACUGAAUGAGAGGCCUGAUGGAAUAAGAAAAGCUUUUUUUCUGUUUUUUUUUUAAAGAAAUGGGAUCACAGAUAUUGAGGAAACGUACGAUGUUUAGGCUGUUGGAACGUGUUUAACUGCACUAGGCCUGAGAAUGUAUGUUUUUUUUCUAAUGGGAACAUUUUGAUGGUAACUUUACUAGUGUGUAUGCAAACUAGUCAGGACCUUAACUGUACAUACUCAUAAACAUCCCUUUCCUUUUCAGCUCCUUUCUUGUAUGGUGCAUGUACAUGGUAGAUUAAUUAGUCAGGUCUGACAGGUACUGUCUCCAUUCUACCCAAUUAAGGUUUGACCAAAUAUUACUUCAAUUUUCCCCCCUCAUUUGAUUGUCACGAUUGCUGCUUGAUUUAUUACGAAAUUUCGGAAAUUAAGGAUAUGCGUUGAUCACAGAUUCGACUGUCUGGAUUGAAACGUGAUCCAGAUUUCCAUGUGUAUAUUAUAUAUAGUUGUUUUUUUUUUUUUUUAGAUUUUGAUUCAAGAUGAAGGCAGUGAGUUUAUUUUGUCUUUUUGAUUUUACAGACACGUUUUCUGUCAGUUACAGCACGCAUUUGUUUCUUAAAUAGGUUGCUUGGUGCCAAAUGUUCUCUUCACAUAUUGAAUGGUAUAUGUUUUGGGCCUGUUUUUGUAUAUAGUAAAAUCACUUGCGGAUUUGCGGAAGUGGACUUUUUUUUUAGGGUUCAUCUGUCAAGUCAUAUGUCCAGAUCAUUCUAAAUGAUCUGCAUCUCUAACAUUCAAAUAUGAAUUAUAGUAAAAAAAAUGAGUAUAUUAUCUUAAUAUUAUUAUUUGUACCAAUAUGUUCAUGAAAGUAAUUGAUGCGAUGUAUUUCAUUUUUAAGUAAUGCACUAUUUUUUGACAGAAUAAUCAUCAUACAGCACUUUUACAGAAGAGCGGAACUUGUAGUUAAUUUUUAAAUGCAUAUUUAAAGUCAUCUGCUUUUUUUUCUGGUUUUGUUUUAUACUUUGAGGUCAAACUGGUCAAGAUGGUGCCAUAGAUUCAGAAUUCUGCACUCAGAAUACUUUUUCUUGAAUUUUCCAUACUUUUUAAAAUGUAAUUGGCCACCCCUUUCCAUUAACAGGGUAGCAAGUUUUUGCUCAAUCUGCUGUCGGCAAAUACUCAACAUUUGUUUUAAGGGUCCAAAUGAAUCAUUUUUUUUAAAAGAAGAAAAUACUGCCUGUAAUUUGUUAGUGAUCAGGAAGCCUUGUGUGGUCCCUCAUAGUUUUGAGAAAUGAGAAUGAGGUUUAAAGCGUUUGCAAAUCCACAUUGACUUCCUGUUAUGAAUAAUUAUGUGCAUGUAAAAAAUGUGGCUGUAAUUUGUUUUCUCUAUUAUUAUUAUUUUUUUUUUUUUUUAAAUUGGAAAAAUACAAUAAAACGAUGAAAGUAGUGUUGAAAUUUCAA